AUGCAUCAGGCGAAGAAGGAGGAGGGGAACCAACGAGCCGCCGCAGAACUAGAUUUUCCGGAUAGUGCAUCAGACGAUCGCAUCAGCGUAGACCAGGAAAAUGUCUGGGACACGGACAUAAACAUUGCAGACGAUGAGUUCCUUGUAUUAGGGGAUGGUGGGAAGGGAGAAGCGCAAGAGAAUAAUCCACCCGAUGGAACCAGUUCAGGGGAUACGCUUAGGGAGGAAACCUCCAGGGUGGAACACAGUGAAGACGUAAAGGAUGGACACAUCGUGGGGGACGGAGAAUGUCAAAUUAAGGAGCCCCCGGGAGGGGAUAAUCAAACGGGAGGGAGUAAGCACGGGGGGGUCCUAAAUUGUAUCAAAGAAACGCAUAACAGGGAAAAUAAUCAGAAGGAGCAAACCCAUAAUACGGGUGAGCAAGUGAACGAUAAGGGCUCUACAAAUGUCAACCUGCACGGUGAUGAACAAUUUAGGGGAAAUUCAGGGAAAGAGACAAUUGAGGAGGAGUCCAUUUCUCCCCUUUAUCAUGGAGCAGACAUUACUGAAGAGGGAUGUCCCCCUGAUGGAACAAACGAUAAAUGUCCGAAUUAUGCUGUACAAACGCGUAUGGUAAAAAUGGAUUUAUUUUUUAACCAAAAGGAUGAAAAUCGCCUCAACAGUGCAGGUGAUGAGAAUGUAAGAGGAAAGCUGCAAAAGGGAAUCUCCAGAUCGGAUUUGUUGCCUAAUGAGACAAUCCCUGUGAUUGUGGCGAUGGAGAAAAGUGAGGAAUGCCGGCAACCGUGUGAACUGCAAUCCGAUGUUGCCACAAUGGACGGUGGACAAAUACAGGGAGAAGUAGUCACCAUCACGCAGCUAAAGAAGCAGUGUGAAAUUUUACAAAAAAAAUUACAGCAGUAUGAGAGGAGGAACGAAGAACAAACAAGUGCGAAAAAUGAACUGCUGGAAAAAGUGAAGACGUAUGAAAGGAAUUGCAACAAAGUGAACGAGGAAAACAUGGAAGGGGAAGAAAGAUAUGAGCAAAUUAAAACGUAUUGUAGUCAAAUUAGCAGCAAAUGUGAUGAGUAUGAAAAGAAGUUGCAAGAGAUGCACCGCGAGAUGGAAAAAAAUAAAAAUGUCAUUAAACGGAAGGAAGAAGAAAUGAAGGAAAAUAUGACCAAGGCGGAAGCGGAUCUGGCGAGGAAAGAUCGCACCAUAGAGGAAAUGAAAAACAUAAUUGAACAAUACAAAAGGGAGAUAAACGAAUCAGAACAUAAUCUCACGCAGAAGGAAGAAGAAAAACGGAAUGAUCAGCUGAUGUACCAAGAAGAAAUACACACAUUGGAACAAAAAAUUACCCAUUUGGAGAAUCAACUAAGUAACAAACAGGAGGAAAAUACUCAGCUACGAAACAAAAACAAGGAGCUGAACGAUGAAUACACAUACCUGAAAAUGAAGGAAGAAAAGAAUGAAGAAAAUAUCUGCAACUUAAAGUCAAACCUGCAGAUGAAUGAGCAAGAAAGAUCGGUGAAAUAUGAAAUGAUCCAAGAACAGAACAAUAAAAUUGAGCAGCUACUGAUGGAGAAUAAAAAAAACUCGAAAGAUAUAGAAUUGCUGAGGAAUGAAAAGAGCAAAGUGGAAAAUGAAAAUGAACUCUUAAAGAAAGAUCUGCUGUACGUACAGGAGAAAUUAAAAAGCAUCGAAAAACACAGCUACGAUAUUUACGAAAUGAAAGAUUAUGUCGAGACGGUUAUCGAAAAGAACAGAAAUUUAAUGGAACAAUUGGAAUCAGAGAAGAACCAGAAGGAAGAACUGAAAGGGAAAAUAAAAUUUUUCCUUACCGAAAUGAAUAACUCGGCAAUAUGCCUCAAGUCGUACAAAAUGAAGUGUUCCUUCUUUGUUGACGUCCUGAGGAAGUGUGAAGCGAAGAUGGGUUUGCUUCGGAAGAAGCUCAAAGGGUACGAGUCUGUGGAGAGUUUCCAUGGCAGGUGGAUGGUGCAUCCCGCGUUGGGAGUAGCCCUGAUGGAGGUAGCAACUGACCCUACAGACAAAGUGGAUGACCACCCUCCAGACAAGCUGGGUGGCAACCUGCGUGACAACCGUCCGGACAACCCCCAUGACUAUGAUAAAAAUCUCAUCAGACAAACCAUCCUCCUCAGGGAGGAACUCCAAACGGAGAUAAGAAAGGCAGAACACGUCGCAGAAAAAAUGCUGAAGCUACAAAACACAGUAAAGGAGAAAAAUUUACUCAUAAAUGAAAAAAAUUACAAGCUUAAUAAAUAUAAGCUGCUGAACAAAAAUCUGAUGAAUGCCAUCGCGGGGUACCAAUCUAACAUGAAGGUGAUGAAGGAAAACAUACAUAAGUUAGAAAAACAAAUCGAAUUGAAGGAAAUCAAAAGUAUAAUGGUACCACCAAAGGUGACUGUCCACGUGUCAAAGCUAGCCUCAUUUGAAAAUAAUUUAAAAAAUGAGCUCAAGGGGCUUAUUGGAAAUUCCUCCACCUUUUUAGAAACUACCUUUAAGUAUAUAAAUGAAAACCCCAUUAAAAAGAACCUCCAGAAUAAAGCCUUCUUUUCGUCUGCAGUGGAGAAGAAACGUGACGAGGGGGAGAAAAAGGUGGGGGGAGGCACUGUUAAGGAGGCCGCCCCCCCAAGUAGUGUGUCCAACGCGGAAGGGGCAAUACCGAAUUCGCCUAAUACGAGCAUUGCAACGACCAGCCCAGGCGAUGGCAGCCUCGCGGAUGUCACCGGGUUUGCCAGAAAUUUUAUUUACACUAAUAUGAAUCGAAUCCCCAAUUUUAUCUCCGACCAGAAUGGUAAAAGCAGUUCCGCGCAGAUGGGCGCGGCAAAGACAAUGGAGUUGGCCCACCCGAGCAGAGACACAGUCGUGUGGAAGAAUGAUGGAGACACGAUAAAGGGAAAUAAUGCGGCGAGAAAGGAUGCGGAGGGAAACCAGGCGGAAGCCAGACUCAUGGAGGAUAAUCUCAUAGAGCCGAACCAGGUGCAACUGCCCAAGCCAGACGCAGAAGCACACCGAAACAACAAAUACAUCGACCUGUUCAUGGGAAAAAAGAACCUGAACAAAGUCAGCAACACAAGUGACAUUUUGAAAGGGCAACACGUUUCGCAGUUUUAUGCAAACACGGAAAAUAAAAUUAAAGACUUAUUCGAUAUGAAUAAAAAGAAGGAGUCUCCAAAAAUAAAAGAAAAGGAGGAAUCUCAGAAAAGCUUCCAUUCCAGUGAAAAUGCCUUUUUCCCCAUGCACAUCUUCGGUGGCAGCAAAGUGAAAGAAGCAUUGCCAAACCCUCCAGGGGAUGCAAAAAAUGAAGGUGAAUUAGGUUUUACCCCCACAUCUGGGGAGAACGCAAAUAAGUACGACCUUGCUGGGUGUAAAAAGAAGUCCCUAAAUAGUUUGUACUAUGAUAGAAAGUCAGAAGCAGAGGGGAAUACACCAGAGGAGACAAAACAAAUGGACAAACGUCAGGAGAAGUUGCUGCCCAGUUCGUCUGACGAAGACGCACAAAUAAACGACGACGUUUGGAAUGAGAAAAUCGAUUUGGACAACUUCGAAGUGGAGGAAUUAUAA